AUGAUCAUCAAAACACUAGCAGCCACUUUACUAGCCAUAGCUACCUCCUCAAUCUUCCUUCUCUUUUCUCCUACCCCAAAAUCCUUCUACCACUCUCUCUUCAUAUCCAGCUCACUUUCAGACAAUGCCUCCAUAUCCAACCACCUCCACACCCUCACCCGCAGGCCCCACGUGGCAGGCCAAGAAGCCAACGCAGAGGCAGCAGCCUAUGUCCUCUCCAUCUUCACUUCCUCCAGCAUCAAAACCCACAUAGCCCCUUACCCUGUUGCCCUCACUUACCCUGUGUCACGCUCCUUAACCCUCACACCUUCACCCCAAGAACCCCAAUCCCAAAUCAAUUUCAAUCUCCAGCAAGAAAUCUAUGAUGGUGAUCCUUUUGCUGAUGUUGCACAUGAAGUCUUGCCCACUUUUCAUGCUUUUGCAAAGUCAGGCACUGUCACUGCCCCUGUGGUUUAUGUCAAUUAUGGAAGUCUAGAGGACUAUGAGGUUUUGAAGCAAAUGGGUGUGAAUGUUUCUGGUUCAAUUGUAUUGGCAAGGUAUGGGAAAAUUUAUAGGGGAAGUAUUGUGCAGACUGCAUAUGAAGCAGGUGCUGUUGGGGUUUUGGUUUAUACAGAUAGGAAAGACUAUGGUGGUGGAGGAGGUGAGGAGAAAUGGUUUCCAGAUGGUAAGUGGUUGCCACCAAGUGGGGUUCAGGUGGGGACAGUUUACAAUGGGCUUGGUGAUCCUACAACACCAGGAUGGGCUAGUAUUGAAGAGGGUGAAAGACUUUCAGAUGAUGAGGUUGAGAAGGCAGGGGAUGUUCCAUUGAUACCUUCACUGCCAGUUUCAGCAGCAGAUGGAAGUGAAGAUGCCCCAACUUACAGGGUUGGGCCAGGUCCUGGGAUUGUUCAUCUCAGUUACAUUGGAAAGCAAGUGAUAGGGACAAUUGAGAAUGUUAUUGGUGUAAUAGAAGGAACGGAAGAACCUGACCGAUUUGUCAUUCUGGGUAAUCACCGGGAUGCAUGGACAUUUGGAGCCGUUGACCCGAAUAGUGGCACUGCAGCGCUGCUAGAGAUUGCCCAAAGAUUAGGGAAGCUGCAGAAAAGAGGGUGGAAACCUCGACGUACCAUUGUCUUGUGUAAUUGGGAUGCUGAGGAAUAUGGCCUGAUAGGAUCAACUGAAUGGGUAGAGGAAAACAGGCAAAUGCUAGCUUCAAGGGCUAUAGCUUACUUGAAUGUUGACAGUGCAGUAUAUGGACCAGGAUUCUGGGCCUCUGCAACUCCACAGCUUGAUGAACUGCUUAAACAAGCUACUCAACAGGUUCAAGACCCAGAUAAUUCAUCACAAACUCUCUACCAAUCAUGGGUCGGUUCCAGCAGUUCACCUACGAUUAACAGGUUGGGAAGUGGAGAAUCAGAUUUUGCAGCUUUUGUUCAACAUGUUGGAAUUCCAGCAGCUGAUAUGGCUUUUGGUAAAGGAUACCCAGUAUACCAUUCGAUGUAUGAUGACUUUAUAUGGAUGCAAAAAUUUGGUGACCCAAUGUUUCAAAGGCAUGUUGCAGUGGCAAGUUUAUGGGGUUUGGUAGCUCUUUGGCUAGCGGAUGCAGAAUUCUUGCCCUUUAAUUACCACUCGUAUGCACUGGAGCUACAGAGACACAUGAAAGACUUGGAAGAUGAGCUUCCAGAUAAGAACAUAAACCUAGCUCCUUUGUUCAAGUCCAUUGAGGAGCUCAAGAAAGCAGCGACGAAAAUAAACAGCCAGAGAGAGGAAAUAGAACAACACAAAAGUUGGCAAUUUAUAGGGAAGAAUGGUCAUUUUAAGGUGAGAGAGCUGAAUGACAGACUAAUGAUGGCAGAGCGUGCAUUUACAGACCAAGAUGGACUCCUUGGAAGGUCAUGGUAUAAGCAUCUGAUUUAUGGGCCAUCAAAACAUGAUGAUUACGGAUCUAAAUCCUUCCCUGGUAUAGAUGAAGCUAUUGAAAAGGCAAAGAGUUUGAAGACCGCAGAGUCAUGGAAACUUGUACAGCAUGAAGUUUGGAGAGUCGCUAGAGCGGUCAGACAUGCAUCACAAAUCAUCAAUGGUGAACUAACAUGA